UGCAAAUUUACCAGUAUGUUGUAGACAAUCACAGAGUAUGAAAUGAGCAGCCUAAAGCAUUUGUUAUAGGGUGUGCUUAUAAAAUUAGUGGCCUGUAGAAGCAUUCUCCUUUCUAUUAAAUUUCACGCGCUAAAGACACGUAGUGACAGCAGUGAAAAUUCGUUUCUUAAGCAGUGAUUCAAAUGAGUGACUCCUACUGAUCCGAGAGCUCUUUUAAUGUUUUCCCUCAGGUUACGAACGAGGAUAUCAUGCCAAUUGCAUGAUCAACUAUUAAUGCUUUCGCGAAAUCAAAAAUGGAUGAGUUUAUACCAAUUUCGAUGUAACAGUAAUGAUUCAAAACCUAGAGAAACUAUUGACAAUAGACUCUCACUCGUUGUAUCGCAUAAUUCAUCGCCUUCCUUCUUAUAUAACCAUCACAUGGACACUUUCAACUUUGUUCAGCAAUUAAAGGCUGCUGGUUUUUCAAACGAAAAGUCGGAAGCUAUUAUGGAUGUAACGUCCUUAUUUAUUCUUGAGAACAUAAAGAGAGGCAAAAUGUCAUUCCUUUCGAUAGCCAAUUUCGAAAAUUAUACAUACCUUUUCAAAACCGCUUUAGCAGAGCUUCGCUCAGAAAAGAUUUACUUAAGAAAAGACCAAAUAAGUUCAUUGCGAGCAGGGUUGUUUUCAAGUCAGCGUCAAGUUGAAGCUUUAGAGCAAACGAUUACUGAACAGCUUAACAAACUUAGUGCAGACUGGAAAAUGGACUUUGAAACUAGAAAAAACGAGGCACGUUCUGACAACCAGAACAUUCAUGCAAAAACACAAGAACUCAGCAACCGGUUAGCAAUCUCGCUUGGAAAUCUGCGCGCAGAGAUUGAGAAACAGAAAUGGGAACAAAUGCGAAGAGCAAGUGGCGUUAUACUUAUCUUUAUGGCAUUCGUCCUAAUGAGUCUAUCUUUUGGGACUCGAAAAACUGAAACCAAAAACCCACCGACACCCAAUACAAAUGUUGCUUCUUCUCUUGAUAGAAGCCACGUUUAUGAUUCUAUUAUUGAGAACGAGGGUCAUAUGUAACUCACGAUAAUCCACCAUUUGAAUGAAUGAUAUAUACAUGACGGACACUUUAACUUGCCUUUAAUGUUUAAAUAAAAGUUAUAUAAUAUUCCAUGAUUUAGUGCUAAUUAGAUCGCUGUGCAGAAUGUAUAAGAAGACAUUCAUGAUUUAUUUCACAAGUCAUUACGGUGGAGUAAUAAUCUAAUCUACUUGUGUUCAUGUAACUGUUUUAUCUUACGAAUAUAUAUUUACGACAAAUUUAAGCUAAG